UUCAACGUAGAGGAAGCAAAUUAAUUGUCUUUACAUCUACUAACAGAUAAAUAACAAUAUCGACCGAUAAAAUCUAUCUUGAACACCGAUAAGAUAAAUUGAACGGUUUAUCAUAAACAUAUUUCGUAAUUCGAAAUCGAUCUGUAAAUUGGAAAAUCACUGAAUCCAGCCAGUGUCUUCCGAUUGGAAGGUGAGAGAAAUUUUCGAGGAGGCGCGAGCAGAAAAUAAACGCGGAGGACCCCACCCCCGUAGAAUUUUCUGUGGCGGUCCAUUUUUGGGCUCCCCACCUUCGGCUUCGCCUCGAUUACAAGCGUCCUCGUCGAGCAAGAAGCUUUACGAAGCACCCUCGGAACACUCGACUCGCGCCACUCUACUCGCUCGGGUUAGUGAACUCGAUAGUUUCUUGAAGGAAGCCGGCAAAAGAAAAAGGCCGCCACCAUGGACGCGAUCAAGAAGAAGAUGCAAGCGAUGAAGCUUGAAAAGGAUAAUGCGAUGGAUAAAGCCGAUGCCUGCGAAGGACAGGCGAAGGAGGCGAAUAUGCGCGCGGAUAAGGUCAACGAGGAAGUCGGUGAAUUACAAAAGAAGCUUACCCAGGUUGAAGCCGACCUUCAAGCCAACAAACAAGCCCUGGAUCAGGCCAACAAGGAUCUCGAAGAAAAAGAGAAAGCUCUGACUAACGCCGAAUCCGAGGUCGCCGCUCUGAACCGAAAAGUACAAUUGAUUGAGGAGGACUUGGAGAGAUCCGAGGAACGAUUGAACACUGCCACUGCCAAGUUGGCCGAAGCUUCUCAGGCUGCCGACGAAUCUAGCCGUAUGUGCAAAGUAUUGGAAAACCGCGCGCAACAGGAUGAAGAGAGGAUGGAUCAGCUGACGAAUCAACUGAAAGAGGCUCGUCUGCUUGCCGAGGACGCUGAUGGGAAAUCGGACGAAGUAUCGCGAAAGCUGGCCUUUGUUGAAGACGAGUUGGAAGUCGCUGAGGAUCGAGUCAAGUCUGGUGAAGCCAAGAUCAUGGAACUUGAAGAGGAACUUAAAGUGGUCGGUAACAGCUUGAAAUCUUUGGAAGUAUCCGAAGAGAAGGCUAAUCAAAGAGUCGAGGAGUUCAAGCGCCAGCUCAAGACCCUAACAGUGAAACUAAAGGAAGCUGAAGCCCGUGCCGAAUUUGCUGAGAAAACUGUUAAGAAACUGCAGAAGGAGGUCGACAGGCUCGAAGACGAAUUGGGCAUCAACAAGGAUAGAUACAAGUCACUCGCCGACGAGAUGGACUCCACGUUCGCCGAAUUGGCAGGAUACUAAGUUAUUUCGAUCUUUUGUGCUUCCUACUAUAAUUACAAUGUCAUGCGUGGGGAUGGAACUGCAAUGUUACGCAUCAAGGACUCCAAAACGCGACCAAUCGUUGCACGAUCGGCCAAAAAAGCACUGAGGCUGAGAACAGAUCGUCGGAAAUCGGAUAUUAUUUGUCUAGUUGUACGACGUUACCGCGACGAAGAUGGUCAAUGUAUGGAGAUCCGUAAGGAAUUUUACUCUGUUACACUGUUGUACGAAAUAUUACACCCAAUAAACUGCUGUAAUGUGGUAUCUCGUUACUAA